AUGGGCUCUCUGACUCAGUCCUCGUCUUUCGACGUCAACAAAGUCGCCAUCAUCGGUGCAGGUCCAACAGGAAUUGCUGCUGCGAAAUACCUCAUAGCGCAGGGCAUCUGUGAUAUCACCAUUUUCGAACAGCAAGACCAUGUUAGUGGUAUUUGGCAUUACUACGGCUUGGCUGCUGGAACUUGUCCCGUUCCCCAGCAGGAUCCCCAUCAUCCUCCAGAUACGCCACUCCAGUGGGAUUCGACAUCAGCACCAAUAUUCACAUCACCAAUGUACGAGAACCUUCACGCUAACAUCCCGAAGGAAGUCAUGCAGUUUUCCGAUCAGCCUUUUCCCGAGAACGCCAAACUGUUCCCCGAGAGGCCCAUGAUUGAAGACUAUCUGGUCAAAUAUUCCGAGGACGUUAAGCCUCUGAUACGGUUCUGUCAGCGUGUUGAAAGGGUGUCGUUGAAGCGACAAGACGAUCGGGACAAAUGGGAGGUGGAGACAAAAUCCACCAUGACUGGUAAUGACACCGCCAGACAAGUUUUCGAUGCCGUUGUUGUUGCAAACGGUCACUACUCGACACCUUUUAUACCCGAUAUGCGAAACAUGAAAGAGUUUAAUGAAACUUACCCCGGAGUAAUCACUCACUCUAAACAAUAUCGGACGCCCUACACGUUCAAGGACCGCAAGGUAGUCGUGGUGGGUAACGGUCCGUCUGGUCUCGACAUUGCUCUUCAGAUCAAUCAAGAGUGCAGGAAACCCGCUUUUUUAUCUGUGCGGCAUCCUACACCUCCAGGCCGACUGCAUCACUGUGGAUGCGAAGAAAUGGCUGAAAUCGAGGAGUUCCUGGUUGAGGAAAAGGGCGUUCUUUUCAGAGACGGUCGGAUCGAGAGAGACGUUGAUGCUGUUGUAUUCUGUACUGGGUUCCUUUAUAGCUACCCGUUUCUCCGGGAUCUAGACCACAAACUUAUUACUACAGGUCGAGGCGUCCAUGGUCUAUAUCAACAUGUUUUUGAUAUCCGGCAUCCUACCCUCGUCUUCCCUGGCCUCAACAUGAAAGCAGCUCCUUGGCCUCUGGCCGAGAGCCAAGCCGCUCUUUUCGCAGCGGUAUGGUCCAAUGAUAUCAAGCUUCCGUCCCAAGAAUUCAUGGAAGCUUGGAGUACGGAAUUGGAAAAGCAGAAAGGGGAGGCUUUUCACACGUUUGGUCCAAAUGGAGACGGACUCUACAUCAACAGGUUGCAUGAUUUGGCCAUGACAGCUAAGCGGCCAGGAAAGGAGCCGCCUCACUGGGAUCAUGAGCUGAUGUGGCAGCGUAGCGUUUUCCUUGAUGCUAAGGUAAAAUUUGAGCAACUCGGCUGCAAAGCACGAACCAUGGAGGAGGUUGGAUUUUACUACAAACCCGACAACACUCAGACAAGUACCGUGUGA